UAUGGCGCCGAGUAUCGUUACUUGAACUAUUACUUCCUUUCAGAUAGUUCUCCCUUGAUUUUGCUACGAAAAAUUUAUAGCAAUUUGUUAUUCUCUUUUCCGGGCUCUCUUAAGUCAGAAACCAUCGCGCAUGAGAUAAUUUGGCGUUUUUUAUCCUGAUGAUCUACAGUUAAUUUUCGGAAAUUUUGUUACAAAACCUCGGCGAAGUUGAUAUUGCGCUUUUCAAGUUCCCUGUGCAGCGUGUGAAAACCUGAAAGGAAGCAGACUAUGCCGAAAGUGAGACUUGGUGCGUUUUAUCAUUGAAAUUACGCGGACUUCAUGGCAACAGUAAGCAUCUACGAGUAACUGUGACAAUCCUCCUCACAUUUGGGCUGUUUCUGAAAUGACAGAUGAAGCACCAAGAUCAGCUAAAAAGAAACAUCGGAGAGCCAAGUCCAAUCUCGAGUCACAGAGAGAGGUUGGUGGAUCAACAGAUCAACUAAUAACUCAGGAGAGCUCUAGGGUGUUGAAAGCUCGCCAACAGACACAGGCCAGAUUUGAAUCAUUUCUUCAAGAUGCAGUAGCUGAAGACAGUUUACAAGAAACAAGAAAAAAGAAGAAGAAGAAGAGAACCCACACAAGUGAUGCAGUGCUUGAGACCAUUAAGUCAGGGAGUCCUAUUGCUAAACCAACAUCGAAAUCAGAGGAAAAUCUCCUUCAGGCAAACUUAUACAAAGAUGAUGAUUCUAUACAGGAAGGAAAAGAAAAUAAACAAAGCUACAAAGAUCUGUUGGAAGGUUCAGUGACAGAGCCAGCCAGAGGGGAUGGCAACACUCCAGAAAGAAAGACUACUAAGAAGGCACGGCCCAAGAAGACUAGAACUUUGACAAGUGAACAAGGUACUCCAGAUGAGCCUGCAGAAAAGCCCAGAAGAAGGAAAAAACCUAAAACUCCAGAACCAGGUGUUGAUCAAGAAAGGGCAAAAGAAAAUCUUGGAUUUGAGAAUGAAGCAGCUCUGGAUGUAGAAGAUGCUGGACAAUCAUCCACUACUACUCCAAAGAAAAAGAAGGGAAAAGUCAGAAGGAGACUUCAUGACCCUGAUGCUGACGACUCAUUGACAGUUGUGAAGAAAAGGAGUGACGAUGGUUACAUUCUGUCAGUUACUGUCCAUCGUGCCGACAAUCUGAAACCUGAUCUCUUAAUUUCUCAUCCAAUGGUAAGAGUCCAUGUGGUUGAUAUGGAAACAGGACAAUAUGUCAAGAAAUCUGACAGUUCUCGCAGUGUGACUUCCUACUAUGAAACUCAAAGUGAUGCUCCUGUUGACUUCAUAAUGCCUGUCAUGACACAGCCCUAUGAUUUUAAGAAAUACAAGUCUUUGACACCAUCUUGGGAAGAAGUUCUCCUAUUCAACGAUGUAUUCUCUUACUUUCUAAGUCGCAAGGAAUCAGAUCCAAAAGUUAUAAUGUUUUUUGAGGUGGUUGACUUCUUGAGCAUGACAGCUGCAAAAAGAAGGAAAGGCGUAGUGACAGGUGACAAAGGAUGGUAUCAUGUAGCAUGGGCGUUUCUAAAAGUUGUUGGUGGGAAUGGCGCGCCCAACACGGAUAAAAAGGUUCGUCUCCAACUGUUCCAGCCUCCCAAGUCUACAAUCAAAACGAACAACAUAGUAGAGGUAUACCAGUGGUGGAAGUCAACUAAGCGAGUGCCUUACCCCUCCACUCUUUAUGUGACAUUAAAGGGGGUCCAGCCACCCAAGACUAUUGACCCGAGUUUGCGUUCUAUGUUUGCCAUCCAACAGGAAAAGGGCAAGGUAUCGUUUGAGGAAUUUGGUUUGGAUGCUGAAAGACGAGCUCAUGGAAUGAGAGAUGGAAAGAGUGACGAUGAACUUCAAAACUGGAGCAGGCUUCCCGGUCAGAUGAAUCGUAUUCCAAACAAACAAAAUGCAUCACUUUUGUCAGGAAAGAGGGGUUGUUUCAUCCUCAAGUUCUCGCACAAUGGCAGAUACCUGGCUUGUGGCUGUGCAGACUUGGACAGCUUCCCAAUUAUUAUAUACGAGGUACCAUCAUAUGAAACUUGCGUUCAUCUUCCUGGACACUUCAGUAUCAUAUAUGACUUGUGUUGGUCACCUGACGAUUCUGAACUUCUGUCGACCUCCUCAGAUGGAACUGUCAGAUGCUGGGACACAAAGACGAUGAUGACUUUAUCUAUCAAGCUGUAUCCACACCCCUGUUUUGUGUAUGCAGCACAAUAUCACCCAGGCUCCCCUCAUCUUGUGGUGACCGGGGGAUAUGACCACCUUAUAAGGGUAUGGACGAAACUGAGCGAUGGGCUCAAUGGCAAGCUUCUGAGAGAAAUUGAGGGACACAGUGGCUUUAUCAACAGCAUCUGCUUCGACCAAGAUGGUGCUAAGAUGUUUUCAGCAGACAGUAACGGGGUGGUUAUGAUUUGGAACUCGUAUGUUCAAGCACAAGCAGAUACAAAAAGGAAGAGAAAAGGAACUGGUGGUUACGUUCACGACUGGACGCUGGAUAAAGAAGUAGCCAUUGAUGAAAUUCAGGGUAACGUCAUCAACUCGCUCUGUUUACAUCCAAACGGCCGUAAGAUUCUGGUUCACGUGCGUAACAGUGUGCUAUGCAUGCUGGACCUGAGGAGCUAUACCGUCAUGCAACGCUACCUUGAAGCCUCAAACUUUAAGGAACACAUUCGUAGCACUAUGAGUGCAUGUGGCUGUUUCGUUAUCGGGGGCUCCGAAGAUGGGCAUGCGUAUGUGUGGAACACAGAAACAGGCGACCUGGUAUCAGUGUACAAAUCACUUGGUUAUCAUCAUGCCGUGUCAGAUGUGCAGUUUCAUCCUUUGGAUCACAUCAUCGCCUUCUGUUCAUUUGGUGACUCACAUCCUGUUCUUGUAUACCACUAUGACCCCAAAGCUGCGAAAGAAGAAGCGAAGAAAUUUAUGACUUCCCCAGUGACAUCCUCUAAACAGGCUGCUACGUCACAGCAGAGCACAGCCACCCCUGAUGACGUUACCAGGCAUGCGCAGAUGGCUGAUGUAACCAAGGACUUGUUGCGCAUGCGAAAAGUCAAGCAGAAACUGGACUCCGUACUGGAAACACCGGCGUCUCCCGGCGUUAUGGACAGAGCACUGCUGAGAACACCAGGGGCAGACAGCCUAAUGUUCCAAACCCCAGGGACACCCGAUAGUGCCGCAUAUCCCGGAUCUGUAACCCCGGGAAAGAGACCAGGGAGCGUUACGUUUCAGUUUCCAGAAAGCUCUGAGCGAACAUACCGCCAAGGCUUGGGUACUAAUGUGAGUCUUUCAACCUGGGGUUCAGACUUCUCUCCGGCUGGGUACAGCACAACUCCGGGACAGGUCCCUUAUGAUCCACCGCUUUCGCCGCAUGCCCAGCAGUACCUGGGGGCGUCGGGUCGUUUCGAGUCUCGGAAGAUGUUUGCGCAGCAGAAUAAUAGAUACGGCAGCCCAAUACAAGCAGCGAUUAAACCCCAACCCUAUCAAACACCCAUUGGAGUCUCACGGUCAUGGUUGAAGAGGCCUUCUCUAAGUAUGAACAUUGGUGACACGCCUGGACCAUUGAGUAUGUCGCACCUCAGCAGUGCUCGGCCCAAGUUCACUUUCUCUGACUCACCAACAGCGCAAAUGUUACAAGAAGAGCCAACACCCAGGAGAAAGGUUAUAGCCAUGUACCCUUAUGAUGCCAGCAGAGCGGAUGAACUGACCAUUCAACCUGGAGACGUCAUCACAGUUCUUUUCAUCGACAGUGAAAAUUGGUGGAUGGGCGAACUGGCUGAUGGGAGGCAGGGUUACUUUCCGUCUAAUUACGUCAUGGAACAAGGGGACCUCGAGUCUGAAGGUGAUCUACAAGAAACAACGGCACCAAGUGCCUCGAGCGCGAUCAAGCAAGAGUCCAAAGUCAACACACAGAUGACAGCGGUUAUCACUAAAUCUGGUGAUCUGAAGAUUAUAUCAGGACCUGAGGACAGCAGCGAUGCUGAGGGCAAACUUAACAGCUCGGCACGCCACAGAAGAAGGCACCGGGAAAAAGAAAAGGAACGACAAUCGGAGGAAACUUCAGAGAAAAAAGUGUCACCAACUCGGACGAAAAAGAGAUGACAUGCAAAUCAUGAUGACAGUUAAAAGGCUCCAUGAACUUUGCCAUCGAAAACAUUUGCACCUUAAAUAUGUCCCGCUUUGUCAGAAUUAAUCAUUGGCCAAAAAUGUAUUGGUCAUAUUUUAUAGUACUCGUCUUACGUUUCAAUUUAAGAAAAUGUGUUGUUUUAAUGCUCGUGAGUUUGGUGCACGAAAAUUUUUAAUAAAAUCAUGUAGAUUAUAUCAAUAUAAGAAUCAAAAUCAUAAUUGUUUAUUUGCUAACUUAGAAAAUUCCUAAAGCUAUUUUGUAAUAUCUGCCAAAGUUUGCUUAAUUCCUUAAGAAUAGUGAAUGCUGGAAUUUAUACGACCUAUAACUAGGCUAUGUAUGGAAAUAAAAUCUUACGUUUGAA